AUGAUGUGCGAAGUGAUGCCAACCAUUAAUGAGGACAACCGCCGUGGUUCGGCCUAUGGGGCCGAUGAUGCCAAUUUCGAGCAACUCAUGGUCAACAUGUUGAAUGAACGAGAACGGCUACUGGAGACUUUGCGUGACACCCAGGAAAGUUUGGCUACCUCCCAACUCCGCCUGCGUGAAUUGGGUCAUGAGAAGGAGUCACUUCAGCGUCAGCUCAACAUUGCCCUCCCACAGGAAUUUGCAGCACUUACUAAGGAGUUGAAUUUAUGUAGGGAACAACUGUCAGAACGUGAGGAGGAGAUCUCAGAACUAAAGGCAGAACGGAACAACACUCGGCUGCUGCUAGAACAUCUGGAAUGCCUAGUAUCACGACACGAGCGUUCCCUUCGUAUGACAGUAGUGAAGCGUCAGGCUCAGUCCCCAGCUGGAGUCUCCAGUGAGGUGGAGGUGCUGAAGGCUCUCAAGUCACUCUUUGAACAUCACAAAGCUCUGGAUGAGAAGGUUCGAGAACGGCUGCGAGUGGCAUUAGAGCGUGUUGCAGUAUUAGAGGAGGAGCUAGAAAUAUCUAAUCAAGAGUCUCUUUCCCUUCGAGAGCAGCUUGCCCGACGCCGAUCUGGCCUAGAUGAUUCCAGCAAAGAAGGAGAUGCUCAAUUAUGUGCCAAUGGAUCUGGGACUCUUGAUUUGGGGCGUGGAAGUCGGGAAUCUGAGCUGGAAGAGGUUUUGGAGCGCCAGAGAGGAGAACUAUCCCAGUUGAAAGAAAGACUUACCAUGCUUUGUCGGCAGAUGGCAGAGCUGGAGGAAGAGUUAGCCACAGCCCAACGAGAUCUUAUUAAAUCUGAAGAGAUUAAUGCCAAGCUACAAAGAGAUCUCAAGGAGGCAUUAGCUCAGCGAGAAGACAUGGAGGAACGAAUUACCACAUUAGAAAAACGCUACCUAAGUGCUCAGCGAGAGGCAACAUCCCUUCAUGAUGUCAAUGACAAACUGGAGAAUGAGUUGGCCAGUAAGGAAUCUCUCUACAGACAAAGUGAAGAAAAAAACAGGCAGCUACAAGACUGGCUGGAAGAUGCCAAGCAGAAACUUCAGCAGACUCUUCAGAAGGCUGAGACUUUACCUGAGAUAGAGGCCCAGUUGGCUCAGCGAGUAGCUGCCCUUAACAAGGCAGAGGAGAGGCAUGGCAAUUUUGAAGAGCGUUUGCGUCAACUUGAAGCCCAAUUGGAAGAGAAGAAUCAGGAGCUCCAGAGGGCACGCCAAAGGGAGAAAAUGAAUGAUGAACAUAACAAGCGCCUCUCAGAAACAGUAGAUAAGCUGCUAUCUGAAUCCAAUGAACGUCUCCAAUUGCAUUUGAAAGAAAGAAUGGGGGCACUGGAGGAAAAGAAUACUCUAAGUGAGGAAAUUGCCAACAUGAAGAAAGUACAGGAUGAGCUACUAGCAAACAAGGAGCAGCUAUUGGCUGAGAUUGAGAGGAUGCAAAUGGAAAUAGACCAAUUACGUGGACGCCCAGUUUCUACCUAUUCUCGGUCUCUGCCAGGUAGCGUGCUGGAAUUGCGUUACUUCCAAGCACCCAUGCUGCCGGUAGGGGCCCACGUGGACCAUUACAGCAGUGGUGGUGUGGCAAGACGUUCAAAGAAGGGUCACUGGACUGUCAAGGAUGAGGCUACCAAGGAGUGGGAGAGGGCUCAGCAAGCAGCUGGAGGCUCCUUUGAGGGUGGGCUUGAUGGUUCGGAUGAGGAUGAACGUGAUCCUCUCUUCAGCUCAGCUGAUCUGCUGUCUCCCAGCGGACAGGCUGAUGUACAGACCUUGGCCAUCAUGCUACAAGAGCAGCUGGAAGCCAUUAACAAAGAGAUCAAACUGAUCCAAGAAGAGAAAGAAUCUACCGAACAGCGAGCAGAGGAGAUUGAGAGCCGAGUAACCAGUGCCAGUCUGGAUGGAUCCUUGGGGCGCUACCGUUCAGGCACUUCCAUUCCUCCCUCUGUCACCAGUUCAACUCUUGCCAGCCCUUCUCCCCCCAGCAGUGGCCAUUCUACACCUCGCUUGGCACCCCACAGUCCUGCUCGUGAUGGAGAAAAAAUGAACCAUGUUGCCAAGGAAGAGAUGCGAAGCUCUGAGGAGAAGGCCUUAGCGUUAUGUGAGCCCCCAACACCCGCAACCCCCCGUACAAUGCGUCUUGAGCGUAUGACUCAAGCAUUAGCUCUACAGGCUGGAGCACUGGAAGAUGGCAGGGACCUGAGAACCAGGUAAUUGCAAAACCCUAAUGGCACGAAUAGCAGUCAGGAUUCUCUACACAAGUCCACCAAGAAAAAAAGCAUCAAAUCUUCCAUCGGGCGUCUCUUCGGCAAGAAAGAGAAAGGGAGGCUGGGGCAGUUGGGCCGUGAGUCCCCCUCACUUGCUGGGACACCAUCUGAUGAGAUGUCACCUGCAGACCCCCUGGGCCUUUCCAAACUCUCAGGACCUGUGGACAAGGAUCGUAGGAACAAAAAGAAGCAUGAGCUGUUGGAAGAAGCUUGUCGACAAGGGUUGCCUUUUGCUGCCUGGGAUGGACCUACUGUUGUCUCAUGGCUGGAGCUGUGGGUGGGCAUGCCAGCCUGGUAUGUGGCUGCCUGCCGUGCCAACGUCAAAAGUGGUGCCAUUAUGGCCAACUUGUCUGAUACAGAAAUCCAACGAGAAAUUGGCAUCAGUAAUCCUUUGCACCGGCUUAAGUUGCGCCUUGCCAUUCAGGAGAUGGUUUCCUUGACCAGUCCCUCAGCCCCUGCUACUUCGCGUACAUCUACUGGAAAUGUGUGGAUGACACAUGAAGAGAUGGAAUCUCUUACAGCCACAACAAAGCCAGAAACAAAGGAAAUCAGCUGGGAGCAGAUCCUGGCAUAUGGAGAUAUGAACCAUGAGUGGGUGGGAAAUGAUUGGCUGCCCAGCCUGGGCUUGCCUCAGUACCGCAGUUACUUCAUGGAGUCUCUAGUUGAUGCCCGGAUGUUGGACCACCUCAACAAGAAGGAACUACGGGGCCAACUCAAGAUGGUGGACAGUUUCCAUAGGGUGAGCCUUCAUUAUGGAAUCAUGUGCCUGAAACGUCUUAACUAUGACCGAAAGGAACUGGAAAGAAGACGAGAGGAGAGUCAGAACCAAAACAAAGAUGUGAUGGUGUGGUCCAACGAGCGUGUGAUGUGCUGGGUACAAAUGAUUGGGCUGAAAGAGUUUGCCAACAAUCUAGUUGAAAGCGGGGUGCAUGGAGCCCUCCUGGCCCUGGACGACACCUUUGAUUGCAAUGACUUGGCCCUGCUGCUGCAGAUCCCAACGCAAAACACACAGGCUCGGCAGAUCUUAGAAAAAGAAUUUGGGAACCUCAUCACCAUGGGAACAGAUCGGCGACUAGAUGAGGACAGUGCCAAGACCUUCAGUCGUUCCCCGUCUUGGCGGAAGAUGUUCCGGGAGAAAGACCUCCGUGGUGUCAGCCCUGACUCAGCUGAGAUGUUGCCAGCCAAUUUCCGCACAGCCUCCGUGGCCUCCAUUACCUCACCCGGGGUGCAACUUCGUAAGAUGCAGCCAGAGGGGAACUCAUUAGGUAGCCAACGGACAGACAGUAUGUCAGUGAGAACAUAUUCCUGUUAAU